AUGGGACCCGCGUUGAAAUUAGAGAACUUAUUGGAAAAAAAAAUAUCACUAAACCCGCAGUUUGAAGUUGUUAGCGAGGAAAAUACGGGUCGUGUGGAUAACGCAAUCCAAGCGCUUGAGGAAUUAAUGAGGGAAACCCAUAUCAAAUUGCUAUUGGGUUCGCUCAGGUUAAAUGCCGAGUACAAGGCCAGAAUCGAGGAAUUGGAGAAAAAUAGGGCUGACACUUCAGCCGAGAAUGCUGGACUUAAGGCUAGAGUUGCAAAAUUGGAACAAGAGUCCAGGCAGUCACAGAAUGAUUUCUCUCCCAAGGAACUUGUCAACAUAACAGAGUCUGUAGCAGUCUAUUCACCUGUUUGUGAAACAAAUGAUGUGGUAUCAGAAGUGCGGUUAUCUAUAGAUAACCCGGUACCUGCCAGCUCUAAGUCAUCAGAGAAUAGAAAGACGGAUGCUUUCAUGGAUGAGGUGAACAAGAAAAAUGAUAAUAAUCUCUCAGAUUUCAAGAAUGAAGAUUUCUGUGAUGGUGAAGUGCCAAUUGCAAAGAAAUCUUCUCAGCUGGAAGAAUGACAAAAUGAAGCUAAAGUAAAUAUAAUGGCAAAUAAUAAUCUGAAUAUCAAUCUAAUUUGAGCUGUAACAGUACUUAGUACUUCCCAGUAUAAUUAAUUAAUUUAAUUAUGCCAUUAUACCUGACAUAAUAUACUGUAAUAAUUAUAUAAUGAUUAUAGAUGCUAAUAUCAUAUACUGUAUGCCGUAAUUAAAUUAACCAAUAAAGUUAAAUUGAGUUUUACAGGUG